UUAGCCAUGACAUCAAUGGCUGCAACGGGUAAUGCUAGACCAUACUUUGGAGAGGUUUUGGAGAAGAAGAAUGUGGGCAUGGCAAUGGUGGGACGUUUUUUUCCUUUAAGGAGGCUGAAAAAACGAAGCUUUUCAGUGAUAGCAAGUGCUAGGACUCCUCCUCGGAGCAUAGAUUCUGUCAAUGGGAGGAAGUUUAACAAUAUUGGGAUUAACAGGGGAGAGGCUACGUUUCUGGGUAAAAAGUGUAGCGAGUCUAGUGUUGAUGCACCGCUUCAUGCAGUUUUGCUUGGACGGUUUGUGGAGGAGCGGUUUGUUUAUAGACAGACGUUCAUUAUCAGGUCGUACGAGAUUGGACCAGACAAAACUGCCACCAUGGAAACACUGAUGAAUCUGCUUCAGGAGACAGCUCUGAAUCAUGUGACGAGCUCGGGCCUUGCUGGAAAUGGGUUUGGAGCUACUCGUGAGAUGAGCCUACGGAAACUCAUUUGGGUUGUCACACGCGUCCACAUUCAAGUACAGAGAUAUAGCCGCUGGGGAGAUGUUGUUGAGAUUGAUACUUGGGUGGAUGCAGCAGGGAAAAAUGGAAUGCGCAGGGACUGGAUAAUCCGAGAUUACCACACGCAAGAGAUCAUAACUAGAGCAACGAGCACUUGGGUUAUCAUGAACCAAGAAACAAGAAGGUUGUCAAAAAUACCGGAACAAGUGAGACAAGAGGUGCUACCAUUCUACCUGAACAGAGUUGCAGUUGCUGCUGAAAAAAAUGAUAGUGAAAGAAUUGACAAGCUAACUGAUGCAACUGCAGAGAGAAUUCGAUCAGGUUUAGCUCCAAGAUGGAGCGACAUGGAUGCAAAUCAGCAUGUAAACAACGUGAAAUAUAUUGGAUGGAUUCUGGAGAGUGUCCCAAUGAAUGUGUUGGGAAAUUAUGCUCUCACCAGCAUGACUCUGGAGUACCGGCGUGAAUGCCGGCAAUCAAAUUUGCUAGAAUCGUUGACUAGUUCAACAGCAGCAAGUUUGAGUGAAGAUUCCAACAAUUACAUCAAUCGCAGACCAGACUUAGAGUACACACACCUGCUUCGCAUGCUAGCUGAUAAGGCAGAGAUAGUAAGGGCAAGAACGGAGUGGCACGCAAAGCAAAGACAUGUCUGAAGAAGCUGUGCACCCACUCUUUUCUUCAUUUUUAUUGGUUUAUUUGGUGUUCUUUUUUUUUCUAUCCCUUUCUUUUUACAUUUUCUUAUUUCAAUUUUUUUCCAUUGGUCGGGUUGAUACUUUUGGGUCACAAACAAAGAUUCCCAUCUGGAUAUGCACAUUAGUGAAUAGAUUAUUACAAGCACUCAUCUUCUAGGGCAUGUAACA